GCGGUUUAGGGCAAAGUUACAGGGUCGUAACGCCCGAUACAGGGUAGGUAACUAAUACCGGCGCGCGUUGGCUACGAAAAGAUUCUCAAGGGGAGCAGCAAAAGGUGAAAGAAAGGUGUACGGAGUAACUUACUCCGUAGUUAUAUAUAAUAAUAAUAAAGGGUCCGUCUUGUCCGUCUUGUCCUCGUUCGGUUGAAUAUCCAAAUAUCCAGACAUUUCUCUCUCUGAGCCACCGCAGCAAGAAAGAAGCCACACCUCCGCUGUUGGUUUGAUUCUUCCUCUGCCGGCCAUCGUUCUCUCACAACAGAACUGUCAAUACGAACAUUUUGGAAUCCUUCUUUUUGGGGUUGCCCUGCUACGUGGUGGUUGCUCCUCUUCCCGUGCUGACGUUUUCCACCCUGUUUCGUAGCUGCUUGUCUAUCUGAUUGAGGCAUUAGUAGCGUUAACUGAUCCUGUUUCUGAAUUUGCAACAGUGUUUAUUAUUGCCUUUCAUUUGUCCUUUGUCGCAGUGGUUUAUUUUUUUGCUUUCGCGAGUGUGGCCAAAUACCCCAGCUUGCUACGUACCCCAGUCCUUUCAUCCGUUCUCGGGCUGCAGGACCCAGUAUAGAAGAGGCUGUUGAGAACUGCAAAACUAGCCACUGAAGCGGGUAUACUUUUGUUGCUGUACUACCUACUGUCAUGGCGCCAGCAAAUCACCCGAUUUAUCAUAAAGAUGAGAAGGUUUUCUGCUUCCAUCAUGAGAUUCUCUACGAGGCGAAGAUCCUUGAGGUCAGAUUGACCGAUCCAGAUGACAGGAAAAGCCCUUACGAGUAUCGGGUCCACUACAAGGGCUGGAAGAAUACGUGGGAUGAUUGGGUUUUACAAGACCGCUUACGCAAAGCAACUGAAGAGAACAGGGAACUUGCUGCUACGCUCCGUCGUGAUGUGGAAGCUUCGAUGCGGCAGCGGACUAAACAGUCGUCCGCGAAAAGGCGCCGUGGCUCUGACAUGAGCUCGAAUCGAAAUAGCGAAGAAAGGCAUUCAUCCACCCCUGCCAGAGGCACCAAGCGAUCAAGAGAUGCGGAAAUUGAAAAGGUAUGUAGCCCAUCUUUACCUUUCAUGCUACUUAAGAGAUACUGUUUCGAUUUCGCUGUGAAAGUCACCCAUAUCAUAUUUUCGGAGGAACAUUUUAAUGCGCGCCCAUCAAUAAGGAUAGUGAUGCCUGAUACUCUGAAGGCACUUCUCGUGGAUGAUUGGGAAAACAUCACGAAGAACAUGCAGCUGGUACCGCUUCCUGCAAAAGUCCCAGUGAACAAAAUUCUGGAUACAUAUUUUGAAGAGGAAAAAGUCAAGAGAACUUCACAGGCACAAGUGGAUGUGCUGGAAGAAGUGUUAUCUGGCGUGAGAGAAUACUUCGAUAAAUGCCUUGGCCGACUAUUGCUAUACAGUUUUGAAAGAGAGCAAUAUCACAUCCUGCAGAAGAAAUGGGAAUCUGCGGCCGAAGGUUUCGUGGACAAGGGACCUUGCGAUGUAUAUGGAGCGGAACAUCUAGCCAGAUUAUUCGCCUCGUUACCUGAGCUUCUCGCGCAGACAAACCUAGGCCAAGAGUCCACAAACCGUCUGCGUGAAGAAUUAUCCAAGCUCGCGAUAUGGCUAAGUAGGAACUCUGAAAAAAUGUUUGCGACCAAAUAUAAGAGCCCCGGCAACGAAUAUAUCGACAAAGCAAAGGGCAUUUCAAACCCGGAUGCUCCCGGAACUGCGACGUCCCGCCUCUUUUAAUCCUGUUCCUUAUUUUAUAUAUAUAUUUUUUCAUACAAUUUGGAAUUUGCACGCUAUCGCUGCGUUUUUACGGAGAGGGAACUUGCAAGUCGAUGCCUCCCUAACAAUGGAAGAAUGACCCCUAGCAUUACUCUCAAUAUCCUGCGUUCAAAUUCCGAUAUGUUAGCAGGCUUUAUGAUCGUUUUACUGGGAUGGCGAGAUAUGAAAACCCUAAUAUGUUGCAUCUUGGAUGUUUUGCCAUUUUGUUUCGAAAGAAUCCAAGCAAAGCGCGGGGAAUUGUGAAAAGAUGGCAGUUCGCCCAGGCACGUGUGAUCAAAAGGGCACCGUGAGGCACAAUUUCUAUCCUUUCUUUCAACGCCCUUUUCCUAGUUUUUCAAUCAGGCUUUGCUAUUCACUCGAUAUUUUUAUUUAAUCCUUUACUUUCCCUUUGCUUUCCCUUCGCGUUCGCUUUGCCUUCGUAUUUUUCCCCCGUGGUUUUUAUUGGCGUUUUUAGGUUUAUAUAUUAUAUAUUCGAUGCAAGAUCGAGUUGUGGAAACUUCAGGGUGGCUCAUUUUUUCUUUGACAACUCACGGAAGAAAACUCUCCCUCCCCUCCUUCCUUGAUUUUAUGUUUUUCUGUGCGAAUGGACGAUUUUCAUUACAACAACUUUAAGUUAAAUGAACAUUGAUCUAUAUUGGUAUGAUUGGGGCUUCAACACAAUCACCCUACACAAACCAAGCGCGUAAGACAGAAUUGUAAACCACAAAAUAAACCCUGAGUAUAACAACCGGCUUCUCAUCGCAAACUUGCACAUACGAGAAGACAAAAUCUUAAAACCGCGAAACACGGAAAAUGUAGCACUCAGUGCCAAACAUGGAUUGGGUGCGCACGAACGUCCCCGGACACAACGACGCAAGUCUUACUUGACUUGCUUACCACCACCACCUCCCCCUCCUCCACCGCCUACACUCGUAUCCACAAGGACCGGCGUCUGCUCCGCCUUCGACACAACCACAAUUCUCGCAUCCUCAACCGCGCAGCGCGCAAUCCGCUUCAACUCCGCUUUCCAAUCCGCCUCCCUCCACUUCUCCCACAGGUUCAGCCCUUCCUGCGACCGGAUGCUCAGCGUAUCAUACCCUUGCUUGAUGAUCUGGUGGACUUCGCGCGGACUGAGAUUUUUCUUCUUGCCGGUGGCGAGGAUUUCGGUGCUGGUGGUUGGGGAGGUGGGUGUUUGUGUUGCUGUUUUUGUGUCCUUGGGUUUAUCGGCGAGGAAGAGGAGGGAGUGGAAGUGGGAGGCGACGCUGAUGAGGGUGUCUAUUGAGGGUGUGGCGGAGUCAGUGGAGGCUGAGAGGGCUGCUGGUGAGGAGGAGGAAAGGGAGCGUUCGUAUGUAUCUUUGAAGCGGGCGAGGAUGGGUCCUGUCUCGACGACCUUGUAAAAUAGGUCGUCAUAGGACGCCGGGUCUGGGAGGAAGGUGUCGCCAGCGGAUAUGCAAAAGGCGAUUAGAUCAAUCAGGGAGGUGGCGAGGUUGUGGAUUUGAGGGUUUGAGGUGAGGUCCUUGGCGUAAGUCGUCAUGAAACGGGUGAGGGUGAGCAGGGUCCGCCAGAGCUCGGACCAGUGAUAUGCGAGACGUGUUUGGUUUGAGGAGACAUAAGUAAGGAGACGGAGAAGGAUGGAGAUUGUGUGACUGUUCAAGUCAAUGAGUUAGUAUAUAACUGUGUUGUGGCUAAAUAUCCGAGGCUGGUUGGGAUACGCACCAAUAUAAGGCGACGUCGAGUUCCCUGCGGAGGUUAUGGUUAAUAGUAUCUAUCAUGAUGUCGAAGAUGACGGUUGCG